AUGUCCAAAUUACAAACGGUUCUCUCUAGAGAACAAAUCCUUGAACAAGUGGUUUCAAAUAAGAAAUUCUACAACAAUAAUCAAAAUGUUGAAGAACCUCAUAUCGCUGCCAUCUUCUCCAAUAGUGAUGAAGAGUUAUUAGCUCAAAUUGGUUAUAAACCAGAAUUAAAACGUCAUUUCAGUACUUUACAAUGUUUUGGAGUUGCCUUUUCUAUUAUGGGUCUUUUACCUUCUAUUGCUUCCAUCUUAGCCCAAGGUAUUAUCGCUGGUCCUGCUGGUUGUCUUUGGGGUUGGGUUAUUUCAUCAAUAUUGAUUUUCACCAUUGGUAUUUCCAUGUCUGAAAAUGGUUCAAGUAUCCCAACUUCUGGUGGUUUAUAUUAUUGGACAAAUUAUUAUGCUCCUCCAAAAAUGAAGACUUUAAUCUCUUAUCUUAUUGGUAAUACUAAUUCCAUUGCUUUGAUUGGAGCUUUAUGUUCGGUUGAUUAUGGAUUUGCUCAAGAAAUCUUAUCGAUUGUCGUUAUUUCCAAAGAUGGUGAUUUUGAUAUCACUCCAGCAAAGACUUAUGGUAUUUUCGUGGGUUGUGUAUUAGCUCAUAUUGCCAUUACUUGUUUCUCAUCUAAGAAUUGUGCUCAUUUGCAAACCACAUCCAUCGUUGUCAAUUUAUUCGUGAUUGUUUUAUUCGUCAUUGCUAUGCCAAUUGGUGCCAGAGGUCAUUUCAAACCAGCUUCUUAUGUGUUUGGAGAAUUUGAUAAUCUUUCUGAUUGGCCAAUGGGUUGGACUCAACUUUCUGCCGCUUGGUUACCUGCUAUCUGGACCAUUGGAGCUUUUGAUUCCGUCAUUCAUAUGUCUGAAGAAGUUAAAGAUGCAGAACGUACCAUUCCAAUCGGGAUCUUAGGUUCUAUUUCAGCUUGUGGUAUUUUAGGUACCAUCAUUUUAAUCAUUACCUUUUUCUGUAUUCAAACUGAUGAUAUUGAAGGUCAUCUCUUAGGAUCAAAAUUUGGUUUCCCCAUGGCACAAAUUAUUUAUGAUGUGUUAGGUAAAAAAUGGGCCAUGGCAUUUAUGGUCCUUAUUGCAUUUGCCCAAUUUUUAAUGGGUGCAUCUAUUCUUACCGCUAUUUCAAGACAAAUUUGGGCUUUUGCCAGAGAUAAUGGUUUACCAUUCUCAUCUUGGAUUAAAAAAGUCAAUCAUAAAUUAUCCGUUCCUAUCAAUGCCGUUUGGUUUGGUGGUAUUAUGGCUAUUAUCAUUGGUUUAUUAGUUCUUAUUGGACCUGUGGCUGCCAAUGCUCUUUUCACCUUAUAUAUUGCUGGUAAUUAUGUCGCUUGGUCAACACCAACUUUCCUUAGAUUAACAUUUGGAAGACAUAAAUUUAAACCAGGUAAAUUUUAUUUAGGUCCAUUCUUUUCGCCAUUGAUUGGAUGGAUUUCAACCACUUUCUGUGCAUAUACUUUUAUUAUGGUGAUGUUCCCAGCUUCUAUUGGAGUUGAUAAAGAUACGAUGAAUUAUACAUGUGUGAUUACUCCAAGUGUGUGGAUCUUUUCCUUAAUUUAUUAUUAUGUUUAUGCCCAUAAGAUUUAUCAUGGUCCAUGUAAAACUGUUGAUGUGGAUAGUACCGGGGAAUAUUUAGAAGGUGUUGAUCCAAAUGAUGGUGCUAGUUCUGAACCAACUGGUGAAAAGACUUCAUUGACUGAUGUUAAAGUUCAUGAAAAGGUUUAA